AUGCAAUCACAAUACAGCAGAAGUGCUUACAAUGUUGGUUCUGGACGAUCUCCAAAGAUUUCAGUUGCAAGUCAUAACACUGGAUAUGGAUAUGGUGGGGCAAGUUAUGGCGGUAGUUUUGGAUCCAGUAUGGGAUCUGGAUAUGGCUUUGGUGGAUCCAGCUCUGGCCGAGGUGGCUUUGGAGGUGCUGGCUUUGGUGGAGCUGGUUGUGUGAACGGAUAUGGAUAUGGUGGGGCAAGCUAUGGUGGUGGUUCUGGAUCCAGUAUGGGAUAUGGAUAUGGCUUUGGGGGAUCCAACUCUGGCCGAGGUGGCUUUGGAGGUGCUGGCUUUGGUGGAGCACCCAGCAUCACAAAUGUCACUGUCAAUGAAAGUCUUCUAGCACCCCUCAAUUUGGAAAUUGACCCAAAUAUUCAGAAAGUCAGAAAAGAAGAGAAAGAACAAAUCAAAACCCUGAACAACAAAUUUGCAUCUUUCAUUGACAAGGUUAGAUUCUUAGAACAGCAAAAUAAGAUGCUGGAGACAAAAUGGGCUUUUCUGAAAGACCAAAAGACUGUGAAAAGUAACAUGGAGCCACUUUUCGAAUCCUUCAUUACCAAUCUUAGGAGGCAACUUGAUUGUUUGGACAAUGAAAGGUCACGUUUAGAAGCAGACAAAAAGAAUAUGGAGGAUUUGGUAGAGGAAUUUAAAAAGAAAUAUGAAGAUGAACUCAAUAAGCGUACAGCUGCAGAAAAUGAAUUUGUGGUACUUAAAAAGGAUGUUGAUGCAGCUUUUAUGAACAAGACUGAACUUCAGGCUAAGGUUGACUCUCUCAAUGAUGAACUCAGCUUCCUAAGGACAGUGUAUGAUUUGGAAAUUUGUCAACUGCAGUCACAGAUCUCAGACACCUCUGUCAUUGUGUCCAUGGACAACAGCCGUGAUUUGGACAUGGAAGGUAUUAUCCAUGAGAUCAAAGCUCAGUACCAAGAGAUUGCUAACAAGAGCAGAAUUGAAGCAGAAUCCUGGUACCAGUCCAAAGUAAAUGAAGAGCUUCAGAAUACAGCAGGAAAACAUGGUGAUGACCUGCGCAGCGUAAAGAAUGAAAUUGCUGACCUCAACAGAGCUGUCCAAAGAUUCAAAUCAGAGAUUGAAAAUGUUAAAGCUCAGAGAACAAAACUAGAAUCUGCCAUAGCACACGCUGAGGAACGUGGUGAGAUGGCUCUUAAGGAUGCAAGAAGUAAAUUGGCUGAUCUGGAAGACGCAUUACAGAAGGCCAAGCAGGACAUGGCUCGUCAGCUGAAGGAAUAUCAAGAACUGAUGAACACCAAAUUGGCUCUGGAUCUUGAAAUUGCUGCUUAUAAGAAACUGCUGGAAGGAGAAGAGUGCCGCAUCGGAGGAUCCUUUGCUUCCAAUGUAGGUGGCUCCCAUGGUGGCUCCACACAUGACAGUGGAAUGAGCUCUGGAGCUGGUUUCGGAACAGGAAGUGUCAGCGGAGGCAUGAGCGGUAGCCGCUUCACUAGUUUAGGUGGUGCAAGCUCCAGUAGCAGUACUGCUAAUAGAGGAUAUAGCUCUGGUGCAGGAAACACCAGCUCUGGUGCAGGAUUAACUAGUUCUGGAGCAGGAAACACCAACUCUGGUGCAGGAUACACCAGCUCUGGUGCAGGACUCCCCAGCACUGGUGGAGGGUACACCAGCUCUGGUGGAGGACAUACUACAGGAACCAGUUCAAGCUCUACUUCUGGGGGGGGGGGGGGGGGGGGGGGGGGGUGGGGGGGGGGGGGGGAGGGUGGGGGGGGGGCUGUACUACACUCCAGCAGUGGAGGAUCCCGUGGAGGAAGUGGACAUCAUCACAAGAGUGGGUUUAGCUCAAGCAGUCUGUCCAAAGGGAAAUACAGUUCAGGACAUGGCCAUAGUUAA